AUGUCCAUCACUCACAUCGCUCCCAUCCCUCAAUCCAACGAUGUUUUUUACGCCACCAACAAUCCGUACCAGGUGAACGGACCAAGAGGGUUCACGGAGUUCAAGUUCUUGGAAGAGACGGCGGAUCUGUUCGUGAGGCUCGAUUUUCCGGGAGUCACCAGAGAAAGCGUCAAGAUCCUUCUCGACCCGUCGCUGAAAGCUGUUUUCGUCUUCGGAGACGCGCCGAAAGAGCACCGUCACGAUUCGUCGUACCGGAAAUACGGAACCGCCACUGGGCUCGUCUGCGAUUGCUGUGUCAUCAGCGAUGCUCAGUGUUACGUCGGAGAUGGCGUUGUCAGACUCAUCCUCUCCAAGAAGAAGAUCGAUCUUCUCACUCCUUUCUUCUGUUCAUAUGGAUGUAUGCCUGCUGCUGCUACUUCCCUCCCUAGCUUGAUUCGUGGGUAUAACCCGGAAGUCGUAGGUGGCCAUCCUCUUGCUCAUCUUCGUGCCCAUAACCCAGAAGGUCGCCUUUGCACUGACCCUCUCGAUGUGGCGUUCACGGGUCGGGUCACAAUACCGCACCCGUCAGUGUUGGAAGGACCAAGGUACUCGUACGAGUCAAAGCGGCUCCCGAGGGGAGGUCUAUUUCUGCGUAUCGAUAUGCCCGGAGUCCCUAGCAACAACUUCACGGUGGAGGUGGAAGGAGACGGCGGAGUCAUUGUCAUCGGCCGAGCUCCUCCGGCCAUGCAUGACUCGAGUGGGCGUGAGUACAGAGGCAAAGUCGCUAUCGUUCCUCAAGACUACAACAAUGAUCGCAUCAAAGUCAUCGCUAAACAUGGUGUCAUCCGCCUUAUUCUCCCUAAUUAA